UGUGUAUACAGUACAUGAUGUUAACGCUGUGUGUGUGUGUGUGUCUGCAGAAGACGAAGAUCUCGACGUAUGAUAAGAUGUGGGAGUUCAUGAACAGCAGGCGUCAGUCGGUGAUGGUGCAGAGUGUGGAGGAGGGCAUCGAGCGCGUGCUCACGUCUGACUACGCCUUCCUCAUGGAGUCCACCGCCAUCGAGUUCGUCACGCAGAGGAACUGCAACCUCACACAGGUCGGAGGACUCAUCGACUCCAAGGCCUACGGCGUCGGGACACCCAUGGGCUCCCCAUACCGGGACAAGAUCACGAUCGCCAUCCUGCAGCUCCAGGAGGAGGGAAAGCUGCACAUGAUGAAGGAGAAAUGGUGGCGGGGAAACGGCUGCCCGGAGGAGGAGAGUAAAGAGGCCAGCGCUCUGGGUGUCCAGAACAUCGGCGGCAUCUUCAUUGUGCUCGCCGCCGGGCUCGUGCUGUCCGUGUUCGUGGCCGUCGGAGAGGUGCUCUACAAGUCAAAGCAGAAUGCGCACAUACAGAAGCGCUCGUUCUGCAGUGCGAUGGUGGAGGAGCUCCGGGUGUCUCUGAAAUGUCAGCGGCGAAGGAAACAGAAGCCUCAGCCUCCCGCCAUCGUCAAGACUGAGGAGGUGAUUAACAUGCACACGUUCAAUGACAGGAGGCUCCCGGGGAAAGAGACCAUGGCCUGAGCGCUCCUGCAGGACUCCUGCCACUCUCGUCCAGAUGACGGACACUAAGAUGUUUCCUGUGGAAAUCCAGCGGUCCAGAACCACGGAGUCUUCGGUCCCGAACAGCGGAGGCGCUCGGACACACACUCCUCAUCAACGCUGCUGGUUUGGGUUUCUCUAUGAACGACGUGUAGGAUGCUGUCAGUGACUGCGUUUACAUGGACAUCAAAGUAUGUAGCUUAAAGGGGACCUAUUAUGCUGAAAUCACUUUAAAGGGUAACAAUGUGUGAAUAUAACCAGCUUCUAAUGGUCAAAAUUACGCACGUGUCAUCAGAGGGGGAAAGCCCCGCUCACUAGUGACUCCCUUAUUAGCAUAAUCGACCCUGAGUGAGAAGCAGCCGUCUGUCCAUUAGCCAUUAGAGCGUUUGAGCUGCUGAAGAUAAUGUCAGCAUCGAGCAGGGCUAUUCAAUUAGUU